CGAGCCUAGUGUUGUAGUUCUCCUGGAGGAUUUUCGGAAGGGGUCACUCUCCAAAAGUUUGUAUGUUGUUUGUGUGUGUGUGUGUGUGUGAAGCUAAUGACUCCAAUUCCAGCUUGUGAGCAACUGAGUGUUUACCGGGACAGACGGCUAGCAUGAUGCCAAGCCACACCUGCAGUGAAUCCUGACACAUGCCACAACGAGAGCAGCCUGGCAUCUUCAUGCCGCUGUCGGACAGACAGGUGGCAGCACGUCUUGAAAGAAGGGAACACCAUUGUGCCAUAAAAAAUUGCAAGCACCCGUAAAGAAGAUCAAGAGCCAAUUCAUUACUAAUUCACCAAGCUGUGGAGUUCUGUGCUUGCGGAUUUAAAGUACAAAGUGCAGUGGGGAUUGUUUGCACUCACUUGUCCGUGGUACCAAUCUAGGCCAGGGGUCCAGUGGAGCUUUUGUCAAACACACUCAAGAGAACUUGCACACUAACCUUUCAUGACAAACCACCCCUGUGCUUGGGAAAGAAAUGGAGAGAUUGCUGGAGGGUUGGGGACUGUAGGACCGGUACCCUUCCAGAGCGGCUGUAAUUUGGAAACAAAAUGCUUUGCUUGGAGACUGAUAAAAGCAUUUGCCUACGUUCUUCAGGAAGAAACUGUGAAAAUAAGUGCCACUGGAAUUUAAGCUGAAACCGUUUUAGGAUUUCUUUAGUCUAUCCUUUUUCUCUGAGUUUGUUUGGAACGCUUGCCAACUUGGCGUACUUUAGGGAAGACGCGGAGUGGAGUAUGACCAGUUGUCAGUACCCUACGCCGCCCCCAGAGCGGGACCGCAUGUACCAGCACAAAGUGUCGCUGGUCGUGCGGUACUUCAUGAUUCCUUGCAACAUCUGUCUCAUUCUGCUGGCCACUUCCACGCUUGGCUUCGCUGUACUCCUCUUCCUCAAUAACUGUAGGUCACAGUUAGUGAAACAUGACAUGCAGCAUAAACCUGUUCACUUCACACCGGCUCCUCCUCCCGAUGGUUGCCGAGGGAAGCUGUGUGGAUUUGGAGCGUUGUGUGAAAGAGACCCGGCUGACCCCUCUAAAGGAGAAUGUGUGUGUAAGAAGAUUGUAUGUACGUCUGUGGUGGCGCCGGUGUGCGGAUCCGACUCCUCCACCUAUUCCAAUGAGUGUGAGCUGGAGAAGGCCCAGUGCAAUACACAGAGACGCAUCAAAGUGAUGCGCAAAGGCCCCUGUGCCCUGAAGGACCCGUGCAGUGAGGUGACCUGUAGCUUUGGCAGCACCUGCAUCCAGUCAUCAGACGGUCUGUCCGCCAAGUGCAUGUGUCCUCUGAGUUGUGAGAACGUCCCCAAGCACGUGGUGUGCGGCAGCGAUGGCCUGGACUACCAAAGUGAAUGUGAGCUCAACAUGAAAGCCUGCGCCACCCAGAAGAACAUCCGUGUGCAUCACCAAGGCCGCUGUGAUCCUUGCAGUGACACUCUGAAUAGUGUGAGUGUGGCCUGUCGAGUGAACCCAAAAACCUACAAGCAAUUUACCUUCUCCCCAGCUGAGUCCUGUCUGCCCGACACUACGCCCAUCUGCGCCAGUGAUGGCCGCACCUACGAUAGCGAGUGUCAGAUGGAGCGGACGGCCCUGCAGAGCAAUCUGGAGCUCAAGAAGGUCUAUUUAGGCAGCUGCAAGGAGAAAGGGAGCUGUCCCAACGAUUGUAAGUUCAACGCCAAGUGUUUGCUGGAAAACGGAGAGUUUCGGUGUUCCUGCGACCCCAUACAAUGCGACGGCACGUACAAGCCCCUGUGCGGAAAGGACGGCAAGACGUACCACAAUGACUGCGAGAGGAGGCUUGAAGAGUGCCGGACCAAGACAGACAUUCCCAUCAAACAGCAAGGGCCAUGUGAUCUUAACAUGGAGAGCCCUUGCCUGAAGAAGACAUGUGAGUUUGGAGCCGUGUGCGUGGUGAAGAACAGCGAGCCUGUGUGCGAAUGCUCAGAUGCGUGUUCGCAGGACCAAGACCCUGUUUGCGGCAGCGAUGGGCACACUUACAGCAACUCAUGUCAAAUGAAGGCCAUGGGAUGCGCCCUUCAGAAACAGAUACAGAUGCAGCACAAAGGACCAUGUGCAGAUGAGUCCUGCACCAACUGCUCGUUUGGCGCAAUCUGCGAUUCUCAGACUGGCCGGUGCGUGUGCCCCAAAGGGUGUUUGGAAACACGGCAGCCCGUGUGCGGCAGCGACGGGGUGACAUACGACAACGAGUGCAAGCUGAACGUGAAAGCCUGCACUAAGCAGCUGGAUCUCAGAGUGGUGGCCCAUGGAGAAUGCAAAACUUGUGGCAGCACUGUUUGUAGCUGGGGAGCGCGGUGCGUGCAGAACAAGUGUGAGUGUCAGCAAUGCACGGGUCAGCCAGUAAAACCCGUGUGUGGCAGCGACGGCACCACCUACAACAACGAUUGUGAGCUACGUCUGGCAGUCUGCAAGAAACAGAGGAAGAUUGAGUUGGCCAAACCUGGCGCCUGUGAUGAAGACUGCGGAUCAGGAGGCUCAGGCUCAGGAUCUGAGACCUGCGAGCAGGAUCGUUGUAAACGAUAUGGCGGAUGGUGGGAUGAAGACACGGAGGACGAGCGCUGCAUAUGUGACUACACCUGUCAAACUGUGCCUCACAUCACGGUGUGUGGCUCAGAUGGGAACACGUACACCAGCGAUUGUGAGCUGAAGAAAUCCAGGUGCGAGAAGCAAAUGGACCUGCUGCUCCAGAGUCAAGGCCCCUGUCCAGAUAUCAUAUCAGCUCCUCCAGAGCUCGUUUCCUCCCAGCACUGUAGCGAAACUGUUUACGGAUGUUGUCAAGACAACAAGACCGCUGCCCUGGGUGUUGGACUGGCUGGGUGUCCUAGUGUGUGUCAGUGUAAUCAUUACGGCUCAUACGGAGGCACCUGUGACCCCUCCACCGGCCAGUGCUCCUGUAAACCCGGCGUCGGGGGACUCAAGUGCGACCGCUGCGAGCCUGGAUUCUGGAACUUCCGAGGCAUCGUUACAGAGAACAUGAGCGGCUGCACACCGUGUAACUGUGAUGGAGUGGGCUCGGUUCGUGACGACUGUGAGCAGAUGUCAGGGCUGUGCUCAUGUAAGCCCGGAGUUAAGGGCAUGAAAUGCAACGUGUGCCCCGACGGCAGCAAGAUGGGAGCCAACGGCUGUGACAAAGGACCUCAGGCACCCAAGUCCUGUGAUGAGCUUGUGUGCCACUUUGGGGCAUCAUGUGUGGAGGUGAAAGGACAGGCUCACUGUGAGUGCCCAUCGCCAGAUUGUGACGAGAAGAAUAAGACCAAGGUAUGUGGUUCUGAUGGAGUCACCUAUGCAGACCGGUGCCAGCUGAGGACCAUUGCGUGCCGACAAGAUAAGGAGAUCACUGUGCAGCAUUUAGGCCAGUGCAAAGAAUCCAUUGAGCUGACGGCCAAACCCACCCCCUUCCCAACCACCCACCGCACCACCCCUCCCACCGCUCACGUCAAGAUCACCAAACAGCGCCAUGGCCACACCACCACCACCACCAUUCUUAAGGAUCUGGACCGCUUCGUGGUGGAGGCACUGCCUCCACCGAGGGUGGUCGAGGCAGAAAAGUUCUUCAGCUCUUUCACCACCCACCGCCCCACAACACCCUACAAACCACCCCGCACCUCAUCCCCACCCGAGGACUCCAGCCCUUACUUUGAGGAGUCGGGCAGUGGAGAGCCCAGUGGGGACGACGAGAUGGUGAGCGGAAUGGAGGAGAGCGGAGAAGAGCCACUUGGUACAACAGUAGCAACUACCACUCUUCCCACAGCCGAGGAGCGAUCCUCCUGUGACAACACACCUUUCGGGUGCUGUCCCGAUGGGAAGACAGCCGCCAUCAGCUCUGAGGGCACAAACUGCCCCUCCACCAUGCGUUUCAGUGGCUUCCUGCACCUGGAUAAGGUAGAGGGUCAGGAGGUCUUCUACACGCCUGAGAUGGAGGACCCCAAGUCGGAGCUGUUCGGUGAAACGGCCCGGAGCAUCGAGAGCGCUCUGAAUGAGUUGUUCCACAAGUCAGAUGUCCAGAAAGACUUCCAGAGUGUCCGUGUGAGGAAUCUGGCCCCCAGCAACUCCAUAAUAGCCUUUGUCGAGGCUCACUUUGACCCAGACACAAGGUUCAGCGUGGAGGAUAUUGAGGGAGCCCUUCUCAAACAGCUCAAGGCAUCUAAAGACACUGGUAUUGUUGUGAAGAAACCUGAGGAGGAGAACAUUCGCAUCAACAACUAUGGUCUUUCAACUGUUCCUUUCUUCACCACUACGACAACCACCGUGGCGUCUGUCACAACUCCCACCACCACCACGCUGUCUCCCACUUCUGCUUUUACAACUCUCCGCCCGACCACCACCAGACGGCCUUUCACCAGCCGCAGGACCACCACAGCAGCACCAGCCACCACCACUCCAUCCCAGGCCCCCACAACCACAGUCUUCCUAAAGAACAAACCGGUGGCCCACGCCAACAGGCCGUGCGACUCUCAGCCCUGCCGUCAUGGCGGAACCUGCGAGGAGGAGGACAAUGACUUCACCUGCAUCUGUCCCGCAGGAAGAGGAGGAGCCGUGUGCGAGAAAGUUAUAAAGUACUUCAUACCAUCCUUCGGUGGAAAGUCUUACAUGGCUUUCCAAACCAUGAGGGCCUACCACACUGUGCGCAUUGCCAUGGAGUUCAGGGCUUCGGAAAUGACAGGGAUAUUGCUCUACAAUGGCCAAAAAAGCAAAAAGGACUUCCUGUCUCUGGCAUUAUUUGAAGGAAAUGUGGAGCUUAGGUUUAACACUGGUUCUGGGACGGCUUCAGUCAUCAGUAAGGUCGUGGUAAAGCCGGGUCGCUGGCAUCAGCUCGUAGUUGUGCGUAAUAGGCGUAAUGCCAUGCUGAGCGUGGACAAUGAGCCGAUGGUUGAAGGACAAAGUCCCCCAGGAACAGAUGGACUCAACCUGGACACAAACCUUUUCAUCGGAGGAGUGCCGGAAGACAUGAUAGUAGAUGUAAAGGAGCGGACAUCAGUUUCAACAGGCCUUGUGGGCUGUGUCCGCAUGUUGGACGUCAACAACUUCGUCUAUAACCUACAAGAGAAUGGCGGUAGCGUUCUAUAUGGCUCGGCCAUUGGCGAGUGUGGCAACAACCCAUGCCUGCCGAAUCCCUGCAAGAACAAAGCCUCCUGCCAGGUCAAAGAAGCCGAGAUGUUCCACUGCAAAUGUGUCAACGGUUUCUCUGGUCCGACCUGCGCUGACGCCCACAACCCCUGCGACCCCAAUAAAUGCCACCCAUCAUCACGGUGCCAAGUUCUUCCAGAGGGAGGUUACAAAUGUGAAUGUCCAAUGGGACGUGAAGGCAAGCACUGUGAAAAAGUGUCAGACAAGGGAGGCGCUUUCAUUCCUUACUUCACUGGAGACUCUUUCCUGGAGCUCAAGGGCCUUCAUCUCUAUGGCCAGGAUCUGAGGCAAAAAUUCAGCAUGACUGUCGUUCUGUUGGCCAAUGACUCCAAAGGCAUGAUUUUCUACAAUGGUCAAAAGACGGACGGCAAAGGAGAUUUCAUCUCUCUGUCCCUGAAUGAUGGGAUCCUAGAGUUUAGAUAUGACCUGGGCAAAGGGCCGGCUGUAAUUAGGAGUAAAGAAAAAAUCAAGCUGAACGAGUGGAAUACAGUGAAUCUGGAGCGGGCCAGCAGAAAGGGAGAGAUCAGCAUUAACGGCAAAGACCCCGUCAGAGGAGAGGCGCCGAAAUCACGCAAGAAUCAGCACACAGAUCUUAAUCUGAAGGAGUCGCUCUUUGUGGGCGGAGCCCCUGAUUUCCGCAAAGUAGCCAGAGCUGCUGCGAUCAAAGAUGGUUUCAAAGGGGCCAUUCAGAAGAUUACUCUGAUGGGAAUUCCAAUCCUGAAAGCUGACAAUGCCCUUCAAUCCAGUGAUGUGUCCAUGUAUCCCUACCACCCUUGCUCCAAUGAUGUUUGUGAGAACGGAGGCCGCUGCAACCCCCAGUUGGACAGUUAUGAGUGCGUCUGCCGCCAUGGAUUCGCCGGACAGCACUGCCAGGACGCAAUAUUCGAGAAAUCUGCUGGGGACACAGAGGCCAUUGCAUUUGAUGGCCAUACAUUCAUCGAAUAUCACAACGGAGUCACCAAGAGCCAACUGACCAAUGAGAUCCCAGACCCUGAGUCACUGGAGAACCCGUCUGACCAGAGUGAGAAGGCCCUGCUGGUGAAUAAAUUCGAGCUGAGCAUCAAGACUGAGGCUACUCAUGGUCUGAUUUUGUGGAGCGGCAAGGGAGUAGAACGUUCCGACUACAUCGCCCUCGCCAUCGUGGACGGCCGUGUGCAGAUGACCUAUGACCUCGGCUCCAAGCCUGUGGUGCUGCGCUCCUCUGUACGGGUCAACACCAACCACUGGAUACGAAUCAAGGCCAGCAGAGCGCUCAGAGAUGGCUCACUGCAGGUUGGUAAUGAGGCAGCUGUCACUGGGUCAUCACCCUUGGCUGCCACACAGCUGGACACAGACGGCGCUCUCUGGUUGGGUGGUCUGGAGGAGCUGUCCGUAGCCCGCCGGUUGCCCAAGGCUUACAGCACAGGCUUUGUCGGCUGCGUCAAAGAUGUGAUAGUCGACGGGGUGGAACUACAUCUGGUGGAGGACGCCUUAAACAGUCCCAAAAUAUUACACUGUUCGGCCAAAUAGUCUGGCACCACCAUUCCUCCCAACACCAUGUCUACUGCUGUAAUUAUUUUUCUAUUUUUUGUAUACUUUUCUUUGCCUUUUAUAUUGGAAAAAUUACAUUGUUUUAAUUAUGAUUUUUUUUUUUUGUGGUUUUUUUGUGUUUUUUCCCCGUCUUUGCGUCCAAACAUAAUCAUGUCCUCCGUCGGCGAACAUGGUGUCACAAGACAAGCAAAAAGUCUUAUUACAUCUGUGCUGUUUCUAUGACAAACAUCAGAACAUGUACUUGCUUAUUACUUGAACAGUGUCAGAUGAGAUCGGUGCUGUUUGUGCCGUCUGGAUUGCCUUCUCUCUGUGCCAUAUAGCUCUCGUCACCAAACAUUCCUCUGAGCUGUUGCUGUGCUCCGUUACUGCAUUAAAAAAGGUCUAAAAGAAACGACUUUCCGCUUUAUCGGCACGUGACGGCAACUGUUAAAUACACUGAGCAAGACUAUGUACGAUAUUCCUCAUUUAUGAUACCACUAACAGGGGCGAAAGCUCAAAACUUGGAGCUUUUGAAUCCCAAACUGAUAGUAGCUGACGUAACAUUUAGCAUUCCUCAAAAUUCACCAUUGUUUUUACCAUGCAAACGUCAUUAUUGACCUGUGAGAUGUAAUAAAUAGUAACGAAAUACAU